CCUACUGCCGCCGCGAGAGGGAGAGAGCAGAGACAUGACUACCCGUUUCAAGAAGCACCGAAAGAAGCGCGGCCACGUCAGCGCCGGCCACGGACGUAUCGGCAAGCACCGGAAACAUCCUGGCGGUCGCGGUAACGCCGGAGGCAUGCACCACCACCGUAUCCUCUUCGACAAGUACCAUCCAGGGUACUUCGGAAAGGUUGGUAUGCGUUACUUCCACAAGCUUCGCAACAAGUUUUUCUGCCCCAUCGUCAACGUCGACAAGCUCUGGUCCCUAAUUCCUCAAGAAGUCAAGGCCAAAGCCUCUCCCGAAAAUGCACCAAUGAUCGAUGUCACCCAGUUCGGUUAUGUCAAGGUUUUAGGCAAGGGAUUCUUGCCAGAGUCGCAGCCGAUUGUGGUCAAAGCCAAGCUCAUUUCCAAGGUCGCCGAGAAGAAGAUUAAGGAGGCUGGUGGUGCCGUGGUCCUCACCGCCUAGGUUUGGCUACAUUCCAUAGUUUAUAAUUUUAGAAAUCAGGGUUUUUGAAAUUUGAAUGAUUUCAUAUCUGAACAGGUUGGCAUUUCUGUUGAAUCUGUAUGCAGAGACUUUCUGUUAAUGUCCUUUUUUGUUUUUUUUUUUUAUGCGUUGGAUACAAUAUUAAAUCUUGAUUAUGGUAUUGUGGUUUCAGUGGCUUAAGAUAUGGAAAAUGAACUAAUGAUAUUGCAAUUUGAUCUGAGAA